AUUGACACUAUUGACACGGAACAGAAUUGUUUAGUGUUUAUUAUAAAAAGAAAAAUGUUUAUAAUCUUUAAAGGAAUAAGAAAAACAAAUUAGAACAUUUUAAACAAGAAAAUAACAUAGUUUAAUAUUUCUCUGAAAGUAACUAAUGUUUAAUAAGUGAGUUUCAUCAUGUCACGGCGAAAAAAUCAGAGACGCCGUAAUAUCGGCGAAGACACAAGAAUAGCUGUGAAUUUGACAAUCAAGAAACUUCUGAAUAAUGCUGAUCAAAAGGAAUUGGAAUUUCCCUCGUCAUAUACAGCCGAGGAAAGAGCGUAUAUUCAUGAACUCGCCAAAGAUCUUGGCUUAAAGUCAAAAAGUCGUGGAAAAGGGGCCAAUCGAUUUUUAACAGUUUAUAAACGAGAAGGUUCAUCAAUAGUGCAAGCUGAUGCUGUAAUAAAAUUACAAAAAGCUUCGAAACAAGGAAUUUACAGUCUAAUUGAUAAAUUUCCGUUAGACAACAAAGAACGUCGAGAUUUAUUGCCACCAACCGAAAGAGAGCGAACCGUAGACUCAGAAAGUAAAGAUUUAACAACAAAAAUGUUGAGCCGCCUAAAUAAUAGUAUUCCACAAGUUCCCCAUUUACGAACAAACAUGGAAAUUGUGAAUUUUCGCAAUUCAUUAACGGUGAAUACGAAAAAAAAUGAAAUUCUCCGUGCAAUUAGUACAAAUCAAGUUGUUAUAAUAUCAGGUGAAACUGGUUGUGGUAAAACAACGCAAAUACCGCAAUACAUUUUGGAGAAUUGUCAACAAAGAAAUCAAAGUUGUCGAAUAAUUUGCACUCAACCAAGAAGAUUAUCCGCCGUAUCGGUUGCCGAACGUGUUGCAUUUGAGAGAGAUGAGAAAAUUGGCCAAACAAUUGGCUAUCAAAUACGUUUAGAAAGUCGUGUAGCGCCAAAAACAUUGCUCACUUAUUGUACAAAUGGUGUUCUUCUAAGAACAUUAAUGGGCGGUGAUUCAGCAUUAACAGUAAUCACACACAUUAUCGUUGAUGAAAUUCACGAACGCGAUAGAUUUUGUGAUUUUCUUCUAAUUACGUUGAAAGAUGCAUUGGCAAAAUAUCGUUCAUUGAAAUUAAUUCUAAUGAGUGCGACAAUUGAUACGAAUAUAUUUACAAAAUAUUUUAAUAAUUGUUCGGUAAUUAAUGUUCCGGGACGAAUGUUUGAUGUUGAUCAAUAUUUUCUCGAGGAUGUUUUAAAUAAAACCGGGUAUAUGUCAAAGGAAAUGUUAAUAAAAAAAAAGGAGUUAAUGACAAAGAAGGAUCAGCAAAAAGUAUUGGAUUUAUGGACACAAAAGAUGCCACAGAAUUUUGAAGCUGGGGCAUCGAAUGCAAGAGCUGUUUUACCAUUGCCAAUUGCGGGUAAACAGGGUGAGCUGAUACAGGAGAAAAUUGAACUUGAACCAUGGCUGAAGGAGGAGAUGGAUAAGGCAAUAUCCGAAGCAUGGUUACAAGGUGGUGACGAUCAAUUUACACAACUUUUGCAUCUCAUUCUCUCGGAGAAUGUUUCGGUUGAUUAUCAGCAUACAAUGACGUCCGUUACUCCAUUAAUGGUUGCUGCUGGUCGUGGUUGUUUGAAUACAACCGAACAACUAUUGAUGCUUGGGGCAAAUUUGAAAAUACGUGCCAGUAACGAAUGGACGGCUCUCGAUUGGGCGAAAAUGAUGAAACAAACGGAAUGCGCUGAAUUAAUUGAGGCUUACAUGAAGACAUUUGAUUGCUAUCAGCAUGAUAGUGAAACUUUACAAAAAGACGUUUCACUUUCAAUGGAGGAUAAAAUGCUGCUCGACAUCUAUCAUCAUUCGUUCAACGACGAAAAUGUUGAUUACAAUGUUAUACUUGCCCUCGUUUCGCAUAUUCAUCUAAAAAUGCCACCUGGUUCGAUACUCAUAUUCUUGCCGGGUUACGAUGACAUUGUAACAAUGAGGGAUAAAAUUAACAGCGAAGCAAAAUUGAAUCAAGGUCUUCGUAUUAAUUUAUUUAUUCUUCAUUCGAACAUGCAGACGAAUGAUCAGAAGAAAGUAUUCAAACCAUCAAUUCAAGGUUGUAGGAAAAUUGUCCUAUCGACGAAUAUUGCGGAAACGAGUAUAACAAUUGAUGAUAUUGUUUAUGUGAUUGAUUCUGGGAAGGUGAAAGAAAAAUCGUUUGACGCAAUAUCCGGUGUUUGUAUGUUGAGGUCCAAUUGGAUUUCACAAGCUUGCGCUAAGCAACGCAAGGGACGAGCUGGAAGAUGUCAAAAGGGUAUUUGUUUUAGACUCUUCUCAUCGACUCGUUAUAAUAAUAUGCUACCCCAUCAGACGCCGGAGAUUUUAAGAUUGCCACUUCAGGAAUUGUGUUUAUUUACGAAGCAUUUGGCACCACCGAAUACGCCGAUUGCUGAAUUUCUCGAGAGGGCUAUUGAUCCACCGUCAAAUGUUGUGACAAGAAAUGCUGUACAAUUAUUGAAAACAAUUGAUGCUUUAGAUCCGUGGGAGGAUUUAACGGAACUUGGUAAUCAUUUGCUUGAUUUACCAGUUGAGCCACGUCUUGGAAAAAUGCUACUCUAUGCUGUUGUUCUCAAAUGUUUGGAUCCGAUUCUAACAAUUGUUUGCAGUCUGGCUUAUAAGGAUCCGUUUCUUCUGCCUAAUCAACCUUCGCAAAAACGAGCGGCAUUGUUAGCUCGUAAAAAAUUUGCCGCUGGUACAUAUUCAGAUCACAUGGCAGUGUUAAGAGCCUUUCAAAAUUGGCAAAACGCUAGAGCAAAUGGAUGGGAACGGAUAUUCUGCGAGAAGCAUUUUAUCUCCUCGGCUGUGAUGGAAAUGGUGGUUGGUAUGCGAACACAACUUCUUGGACAGCUCAGAGCGUCUGGAUUCGUAAGAGCCAGGGGUCCUGGUGAUAUUCGUGAUUUAAACACUAAUUCGGAGAAUUGGGCAGUCAUCAAAGCGGCUCUAACCGCUGGUCUCUAUCCAAAUAUCAUUCGAGUUGAUAGAGAACAUUUUCAAUUGCGAACCCAAAAAGAGGUUAAAGUUUAUUUGCAUCCUUCGUCAACUGUUGGAGAUUUUCCCCGAUCGCCAAGAACAACAUCAGCGCAAGCACGUUCUGCCGUUGUCGAAUCACUGCCGUGCGAUUGGAUGAUUUAUGAAGAGAUGAGUCGCUCCGGUCGUUUUUGUCACGUGAGAACUGUUACUCUAGUGAAUCCAAUAAGUAUCGUUCUAUUCAGCGGUCCUGCAAGAUUACCAAUGGAUGUUAUCAACGAAGCUGAAACAUUGCCAGAGAGUGAAUCGGAUUCAGAAGUAGAGGAAGGACAAGAGGGAACGACAAUUUUGAAAUUAGACGACUGGGUCGUUUUUAAAUUGGAUCUUGAGUCAGCGCAAUUGAUUUUGCAUUUAAGACAAAAGUGGAAUGCUCUCUUUUUGCGACGAAUGAAAUUUCCAAAUAAAACACUUUCACAACAAGAUGAGCAAGUUAUUAAAACAAUUGUUUCCGUUCUAACGAAUCAAGAGCAGGCGCAUGGUCUUCAACAACCAUCGGGCAUUGGACAAAGACCACGACCACUUAUUGUUGAUUAUUAUCCAGUCAAUGCGAGAAGAUUCGACGAAUAUGAAGAACGUAAUUUUUAAUUUGCAUCCAUCAAUACAAGUUGUAAGAAAUUUUGAUAUAUGUAAAAAGAAAAUUUUCAAAAUACUUGAAUAGAAAAAAGUACUGAUUUUAUUAUCGUUGUUCCACGUUAUUGCGAUUCUAAUAUUAUUGAGAGAAUGUUUUUAACGCGUGAAUUUAAAUUUAAAAAAACUGCACAACUUUAGAGUGAUACGUACUUUACUUUUAGAUGAAUAUACUUACUUUUAUUUUUUACAACUUUAGAGUGAUUCUUUAAUUAUAUUUCAUACUUACAAAAUAAGAAGAAUCAAAAAUGAAUGUUUCAAAUUUUUGAUUAUUAUUAUAUUCUUUUCUAAAUGUGAUACUUGGUUAAAUAUUGUUAAAUUUUGCAUAAUUACAUAUUUAUAUGUUUGAAUUAAAUCUCAUCAGCAUGAUAGAGUGAAUGAAAAUUUUAAGUAAUUUAAUAUUUUUUCUUAAAAUGUUAUUUAUUUGCCAAUGAAUAAAGAAUAAAUUAUUAA